UUGUGCGUGGUGGUCAGAUGUCAGCAAGCUAACCUGUUUGCUAACGCUAGCUGCUAUUUGUCCCAUUGGAUAAGCUGUGAAGGAAAGUAGUAAUCAUAACGUCAUUUAUCAUUCCCUUUUAUCAUUUGUCAUAAUGAUUCGAGGUUUUGGAGUCACCCGAUUUAGGUGACCUUUCAUCUCAAAUAUUUUAUAUAUGACUAAAUGUUUUGUUGUUGUUGUUGCUGUAAAGGUAAUUAUUGUUUAAGUCAUCAUUGUAGAGCUGCAGUAUUCUUGUAUCUGGGUAUGUGUUACAAUAGCUACCACCAGUGUUGGGAAGAUGACUUAGUUACAAUUACAAGUUACCCUGUUAAAAAUGUAACAGUAGUGUAAUUAUUGCAACUGCUGUCUCAAAGUAAUAUAACUAAUUAUAUUUGUUACAUUUUGAUUACUUUUCUUAAUGUUGAAUUAAUGCAUCACCAGAACCCUUGGAUGGUUCCUUUAAAAAUGUCGAUUUGAACGAUAGAUCAUGAUUUUGGAAUUAACCACGUAUUUGUUCUAUUAACAAUUAAUAAACUGAUAACAACACAUGAUGAAAUGUGAAUACAUAAUUUAGAAAAUAUGUUUGUUACAAUAUAUGUAGUGUACAGCAUGUGGAAAACCACCAGACCAUGUUGACCUAAUGACAAAUUUGAACAAUUUAGACAAAAGCGCUUUAUAUGAGUCUGGUAAAAAUGGUCACUUUCAACACACCAAGAAUUUUUUAAAUCAUGAUGGGUUCCGGAGAAAAUGAGUUUUUCGUGUCGGAAAAAAAUGGCUUUUUGGGGGAAUGCUUUUGUGUGAUAUCACCUAUAGUAAAUCUGGUCAAAAAACACCUUCACAUUAGAGUAAAACAGUAUAACUUUAUUAUUCCUCAACAUACAGUAUCUCCUUGACCCUUUCUUUUCAUCUGUCAUUCUGGGACCCAUUCGCUGAUUGGGUGACAAGUUUCAGGUACAAAAUAUCCAUCAAUAAGCUCGUAGAUCGGGCCGAAAUUCCAAGGAGUUCUCCAUUUCGACGCCUCAGAAUAACCAUGACGUUUCAAAGGGCGAAACUUGCACUAAAAACGUGACUUAAGUAGUGCAAAUGGGACUAUUCGUGAGAAGAGCGGUGUGGACAGUAUAGGUCGUCAGUUGUUUUUGUCAUGAAUUAAUUUGUUACGGAAGAUUUUAGAAGACAGUAUAGGUCAUCCACUGAAAUCAGUUGUUUUUUUUCGUAAAUGUAUUUGUUAUGGAGGACUUUAGAGGGUGGCACGGGGACCGAGUGGUUAGCACAUCCCAGGAUCAAAUCCAGCCUCGCCUGUGUGGAGUUUGCAUGUUCUCCUGCGUGGGUUUUCUCCGGGUAGUCCGGUUUCCUCCCACAUCCCAAAAACAUGCAUGUUCAUGGUGUACCACGCCUUUCACCUGAAGAUAGCUGGGAUAGCCUCCAGUGCGCCCGCGACCCCAGUGAGGAUAAGCGAAACGAUGGAGAUGCUGUGUUUCCGCUUGCCCGGCCACGGGGACAUGACCCUCAAACACAUGAAUUCUCUGAGGUCUCACCAGCACUUUUGUGACGUCACCAUUUUGAUCAGCAACAACCAAACAUUCAGCGGACACAAGGUAGUGCUGGCUGCUUGCUCACCCUUCUUGAGAGACCAGUUCCUCCUCAGCCCCUCCUCUAAGCUUCAGGUGUCAAUGCUGCACAGCUCCUCAGUCAUGUGUGAUCUGCUGCAGUCCUGCUACACCGGUGUUCUACAAUUCAAACCCGAGGAGAUAGUCAACUACUUGACUGCCGCAAGUUACCUACAGAUGGAGAAUAUUGUAGAGCGCUGCAGGGAUGCUCUGAAGAAGUACAUGCAGCUGAAAAACCCCAAUCCACUGAAUGUUAGUCACCCAAAGAUAACUACAGAAGAGAGACUCCCUCAGCCCGUGAUUGUCAGUGGCAGCAUUCAUUCCAUCGCAUCACCCCCCGGCAGCCGACCUCCCGUGCACAGUCCUGAAGUGCACUUGGUGGAAGAGAACAGUACACAGGACAGCAGCCCGGACAAUGAUUGUACUCCAUUGGUGGAAAAAACUUGUGUGAAGGAUAAUGCAUCGGACCAGGGAGGAGACACCCACCGUGACGUGUUCCAAGUUUACAUCUCCGACGAAGAGCAGAACAGUAUCAAGGAGGAAGAGGGCGGAGCUCCCACUGAGGAGCCUAUGGAUGCCUGUUCCCCUGCAACAGAGGGGAUUGUGGGAGGAAAUAGCUGCGACUAUGACUUGAAUCCAACAGCUGAAGGUCCUGGCACGGACGGCUUCCCAAGGGAAGGACUGCGCGCUUUCAGACACAGGUUAUCUGAACCUGGUCGAGGUCGAGGGAGAGCAAUGGGGAGGGGUUUAAAGAGGAGACGCUGGGUGUCAUCUCAGGAGAAAAAAUCUCCUCGAUCAGCCUCCCAAGAUUUGUGGUAUCUCGCAGGGACAGCGAGCGGCUUUGGGAUGGACUUCAGCGAAGGGCUCAAGACAGGAAGUUUUUUCUCAGUCGACCUCCCUAGAUUGGACAUAAGUUUAGAUGACGCUCAGGGGGACAAGUCCUUGCCACUGGCCGCCAAUAGUUUGACACAUUUUGCAGUGGAUGACUCGGGCAAUGCCGGUGAGGGGGGUUGUGGGUUGAAUGCCGCUACGAGCGAGGGAGGCGACGAAUCUGUUGCCGUGGUGGGUUCCACUUCCAGCGUAACCGGCCCUGUCAUUUGCGAGCACUGCGGCGUGACGUGCCCCUCGACUCACGCCCUCGCGAUGCACUACUGCUCCGCUCACCAGGUGUACGCUUGCCCGUUCUGUGACAAGCAGUUCCAUCACUCGUACAACCUGAACCGACACAUGGCCUUGCACCGAGGCAACGGCAAACCCCACCAGUGCCCCCUGUGCUCCAAGGGGUUUACCCAGAGGUCCACGCUCAUCGAUCACAUGAACCUCCACAGCGGCGAGCGCCCCCACCGCUGCGCGUACUGUCAUGCCCGCUUCGCCCACAAGCCUGCCUUACGGCGCCACCUGAAGGAGCAGCACGGCAAAACGACAGUGCAGAAUUCCAUCCACGAGCAGGAGGAGCGCGAGAGAUCGCUCGGGAGAAUACGAGAAGAAGCACAAGAAUGUCCAGUUACUGAGCAAGCGUCUUAAAAACCAAAGAAUUUAAGGCUAAACUAGUUUCAUCAUGGAAACGUAGUUUAGCAGUGAGGCCUUUUAAAUCUCUGUGUAAUGUUGGUCUUAUUGAACUUUAUUUAACUUUAAUUUUAUUAUUUUGUAUGUGUAGUGUCAAGAUAUGUUUGGUGGGAAAAAUCUAAAUUUUUUAAAACAUUUUUGCUGUUAAAAAUAUGCUGGUUUUAAUGAGUGUAAAUAUUUUAUUCCAUGUAAAUGACAUUCAGAGGAAUCUUUGGGGGCAUGCAAACCUAAAAGUCUUCACACAUUGUUGUUAAAUAUAAGGUUUGUUAAACCUAUGAUUCCUUUAAAGCAUCAAUGACAUGGACCUCUGGUAAUUACUGUUGUUCAAAGAAAUAAAUGUUUUAAGUCUG